UAAGCAGGUGCUGCUGUUUCAUUCACACACUUCCAAAACCACUUGUGCUCCCGUCCAGCCGGAAUGGGAGUAAUAUAGCACCUUUUACUUCCAUCACUGCUACUAUCAUUAGAGGUCUCUGACUGAUUUACUGCAGAGAGAUGGACAGAAGGAGGUUUGUUGGAAGAGGAGCAGUUAAGAGGAGCAAAUAUAUAGUGCCAUGUUUCCUGUUUGUAGAGCUGGUGAUCAUGGCAGGGACGGUUCUCCUGGCGUACUACUUUGAGUACACGGACACGUUCCCGGUGCACAUUCAAGGAUUCUUCUGCUACGAUAAGACCUUCUCCAAGCCGUAUCCAGGACCUGAAGAUGACAGCAAAGCUCCUCCGGUGCUGGUGUAUUCGCUGGUCACCGCCAUUCCCACCGUCACCAUUCUGCUGGGAGAGCUGGCAUCUUUCUUCACUAAACCUGAGGCCUCGCAGGAGAAGACAAUAGUUACGGCUGACUGCUGCUAUUUCAACCCGCUGCUCAGACGCAUCGUCCGCUUCCUCGGUGUUUAUUCCUUUGGCCUCUUCACCACCACCAUCUUUGCCAACGCAGGGCAGGUAGUGACAGGAAACCAGACGCCUCACUUCCUGUCUACAUGUCGGCCGAACUACACAGCACUGGGCUGUCAUUCUCCAAUGCAGUACAUCACAGAGCGCCGCGCCUGUACCGGCAACCCGUACCUCAUCGCCUCCGCACGCAAAUCCUUCCCAUCGAAGGACUCAGCGCUCAGCAUGUACUCGGCCGUCUACACGGUGAUGUAUGUGACUCUGGUCUGGAGGACUAAAGGCACACGGCUGACCAAACCCACUCUUUGCCUGACUCUGCUCUCAUUGGCUGUUCUGGUGGGCAUCGUGCGUGUGGCUGAAUAUCGCAACCACUGGUCUGAUGUGUUAGCUGGAUAUCUGACUGGAGGAGCCAUCGCCGCUUUUCUGGUCACCUGUGUGAUCAAUAACUUUCAGCAGACUCAGUCUCAUGUGCCACGUUUACCUCCACCUGUGCUGCCACCACCGCCGCCGCGGCCCGAGCCCUCGCUCAACAUGCCCAUGGUGGCCAUGCCCUGCGUAGAGAGUCCACUCGAAAAGUUAAGUGGCCCUCAGCAGGUUCCAGGGGUUUUAUACACAGGCAUCACAUGACCAUCAGCCAUACCUGGCCCCCAUCCCUCCAGAUGUGCUCAUCCACUCGCGUCGCUCCAUCUCCAGCGCAGUCUAGACGGUCCUUCAGAGUCCAGGACAUGUGCUCGUCCUCGACCCUCGCUCACCAGAUCAUACUCCACGCAGGUCUAGAGUUCUGACCUCUGACCACACAGCAAUAGCCACUCGUCUCGUCCACUUUACUGUGUUUAGGUGAGAGCGCUCCAUGUCCACGUCUCAAUCUUCCCUUGUCUUUUGGGGAGGUGUUUUAAUUCUGACUUACACAAACAAACAAUGAACAAUACAGUAUUUAUUCAUCUUAGUUAACAUUAGAUAAUGGAAAUAAAGUGAACUCACAGUGUAUUAAGUGAUAUAAAUUUGGAUUUUAAUAACACAUUAGUAAAUGUUGAACUAUGAUUAAUAAAUGCUGUACAGGUAUCGAUUAUUAUUAGUUCAUGGUAAUAAAUACAUUAACUAACAUUGACUAAUGAAAGAUGUAGAUGUAUGGGUGAUUCUACAAUUGCAGGUACUGUACUUUUAGUGUCCAGAGUUAAUAUUUCUUUCAGCAUUUAACAAAUAAUUUUAGAAACAUUUAUUAUU